UGAAAAACUCCUGCUGAAGUGACUGAUCUCCACACUGUUAUAAAGAUGGCGUUUAUUAAAGAGGAGAGUGAAGAUGUGAAGAUUGAAGAAACAUUCAGAGUCAAACAUGAAGAUCUGCAGGAACAAACAGCCCUGAUGGUGCUGAAAGAAGAGACUCAUCAACUGAAUGAAAUGGAGAAGAAAAAGCUGUUUGAGAAACCCCAAGAAAUAACGACUGAUGAAAAACCCACACUGACUAAAAAGACUACAUGCAGAAGACCUCGGAGAUCCAAAUCUGCGUGUAAUUUAACUUGUCGUCAAUGUGGAAACUGCUUCAGCCGAAAACGCAGCCUUCAAGUCCACAUGAGAAUUCACACCGGAGAGAGGCCUUUCACCUGUAAAGAGUGUGGGAAGAGUUACAGUCAAAAAUCAAACUUUAAUGUUCACAUGAGAGUUCACACUGGAGAGAGGCCAUACACGUGCCAACCGUGUGGGAAAAGCUUCUAUAAUACAGGAAACCUUGCAGCGCACAUGAGAAUUCACACUGGGGAGAGGCCUUACUCCUGCCAUCAGUGUGACCUAAUUGAAGAGAAUGUGGGGAGUAAAGAGGAGGAACAUCAUGUCAAAAUUGAGGAAAAAACUCAUUUACAGACUGAUGGUAUUUUGAAAAGGAGAGACAAGAAUCGCUUCACCUGCACUCAGUGUGGAAAGAGUUUUGAAAGAAAAGGCAAUCUUACGAUUCACAUGAAGAUCCACACUGGAGAGAAACCAUUCACAUGCACUCAAUGUGGGAAGAGUUUCAGCCACUCAUCACACCUUAAUCUACACAUCAGGAUCCACACUGGAGAGAAACCAUUCACAUGCACUCCGUGUGGGAAGAGUUUCAGCCAAUCAUCAUACCUUAAUCAACACGUGAAAAUCCACACUGGAGAGAAACCAUUCACAUGCACUCAGUGUGGGAAGAGUUUCCUCCGCUCAUCAUCCCUUUAUCUACAUUUGAUGACCCACACUGGAGAGAAACCAUUCACAUGCACUCAGUGUGGAAAGCGUUUCAGCCAGUCUUCAAACCUUAAUAAACAUAUGAUGAUCCACACUGGAGAUAAACCUUUCACAUGCACUCAGUGUGGGAAGAGUUUCAUCCGUUCAUCACACUUCAAUGAACACAUGAGGAUCCACAGCGGAGAGAAACCAUUCACAUGCACUCAGUGUGGGAAUCGUUUCAUCCGCUCAUCACACCUUAAUCAACACAUGAGGAUACACACUGGAGAGAAACCAUUCACAUGCACUCAGUGUGGGAAGCGUUUCAUCCGCUCAUCACACCUUAAUAAACACAUGAGGAUACACACUGGAGAGAAACCAUUCACAUGCACUCAGUGUGGGAAGAGUUUUAACUGCUCAUCACACCUUAAUGAACACAUUAGGGUCCACACUGGGGAGAAACCAUUCACAUGCACUCAGUGUGGGAAGAGUUUCAGCCGAUCAUCAUCCCUUAAUCUACACAUGAGGAUCCACAGUGGAGAGAAACCAUUCACUUGCACUUAAGCUGCAGACACACUGGACUUUUCCUCCCAUAGACUUCCAUUCAUGCGCACACGAAUGCAUCAGAUUGGAAACGCAAGUUCAUGCAUCAAGUUUUGCAGUUCACUGCCUUGCAAAGUUCAAGCUUGGUGAACUCUGACCUGCGAAAUUGAAUCACUUGACUGUGUGAGACCAAUCAAAGAUCAAAACAUGAUCUCUCUGGACAGCAAUUUAAAUUAUGGACAAAUCACUCAUUUUUUAUUGUCUAAUCAUCUUGUUUAAUCCCGCCCCUUUUCGCAGUGCCGUACAACAGAAUUCGGUGCUUCGGUGUGGGAUGAGUUUUAGCAACUCCUCAGACCUUAAUAAACACAUGAAGAUCCACACUGGAGAGAAACCUUUCACAUGCACUCAGUGUGGGAAGAGUUUCAACCGAUCAGCAAACCGUAAUGAACACAUGAAGAUCCACACUGGUGUGAGAGUAUAUGUGCUGGAGUGUGAGAAGACUUUUAUUACAGCUCCAAAACUGAAACCGCACCAGACGAUUCACACUGGAGAGAAACCGUACAGAUCUGAUCAGUGUCUACAGAGUUUCACUCAUUCGGCGCAGCUUAAGAAAAACAUGGACAAAAAGUUGCACCCAUGACAUGAAUGCAGCAAAACAUUUUCUCAUGUGCACAGGAGGUUUCAUGUCUGAAUAAUGCUUGAAAAGGCUUAGUGAUGGUAUACUGUUUUCCAACACUCGUACACUGCAGUAGGUGGGGUUGUAAAUGUGUUGCGCUCCUCGCGUUUACUGUAAACACAAUGAUGGCGGCUGAGUGAAAAACAGUUUCAUAAACCUCUGGCAAACAGCACCUCUGCGGCCUAAAAUCUCUUUGCAAGUGAUUGUACAGGUGCAGAUACAUAUGUACUCUACUCUCCAGUGUAUUCAUGUAGCUAGUGUUGUUUUGGAUGAUGUUCUCUGUCUGACUCCCUCAAGUUUAGAAAGCUCAUUCAAUUGUCCUGUCUUGCAUAUUUUAUUAGUAAAGUUUCUUUACUUUUAGGUUCAA